CUACCGGACGUUUUUCGUACCACCUGCUCCGCAUCCCGCAGGUUUUCUACUAUUUCUACGUUUUAAAAAAUGUUACUUUCCGAACAUUGUCUCCUCACAGGACAUGAAUAGAGAUCGCAGAUCAAAGACAGUUAAAGUAGACCGCGGACGGAUCAAAGGCGGCAAAUGCACACAUCUUAUAGUUUAAUAAAAAAAAAGCAGCUGAGCAACAGCGAGGAGCUAAUGAUGAUAGAGAAGCUAAGUUUGACGUGUGGCAACAGACUGCGGUCACUCUGUCUGCUCGCUUGUUGUCCCGCUUAUUGUGGAAUACCACUGCAUGGAAAGGAAAUACUGGUUUACAACAAUGUAGACACAGAGCAGCCCCUGCUGCUAACUGGGCACCAUGGUGAGAUAGGCGCCAUGACUUUUGGAAAAGGAGGCCGACCUGUUCUCCUGUGCUCUGCUUCUGCCGAUUAUGUCAUUGUUUGGGAUAUUGAACGCUGCCAGAAGAGAGUGAAGGAUGGUAAAGUUGCAGCUGGAGUAGUUAUCGGGACUUCAUUGGGGGAAGUCGUUUAUCUUUCAUUCUGUUUCUCUGAUGAACGAGUGGCCGUGUGUUCAGGAGCUUCUGUAUACAUUCUUAGUUCAAAGAGACAGGAAGUUAUUUCUACCUUAACUGGACAUGUGGGACCUGUAGCAUCUGCAGAGUUUUGUCCCUGGAAGGAAAAUAUUCUCAUCACCACAUCGGAGGACCGCACUUUUAAUGUGUGGGACUUAACAACUGGAGCAGUUUGCUACCAAUCUUUUGUGCUUUCAGCCUCUCCACUACUCAGCGCAUUCUUCUUGGAGGAGACCAGGCACCUGAUCACUGGUUCAGCUGAUGGACAGGUGUGGUGCUUUUCCCUUCAAGAUGACCACAAGUGUCAACUGGUGACCAAAAUGGAUCUUGAAAAGAUGGAGAAAAGACAUCAAAUGCACCGAGAGUCUGUGAGCCACCAAGCAGGGAGUGUGGAACAAUCGACUGUGGGUGAAGUGGAGACUGCUAAACCAGUCCUCAGAAUGGCUUUAUGUAGCUCAUUUACUGGCACAAAUAAUGAGCAUGAAAAGGACAGCAGCUGGUUAUGUAUUGGAAGCUCUGAUGGUCUGUAUGUGGUGGAUCUGGCUUCUUCAGAGCUCGUAACAGCACUGCGUUUCAAAGAUUUCCCCAACCUGAGCGUCACAGUGGCUGGGUCAUGGUCAAUCUCUCCAGGACUGGAUAACUCUAUGGUGUUUGUAGUCUCCUCUUUGUUUGAUCAAACUGUGGCGCUGCUGGAGUUGGAUCUUUGUGACCUCGGGAGGAGUCGGGCUUGUGGAGAAGGCUUUUCAGUGUUCCCCAGUUCCCCUCCACUGCUUGAAUCUCCCCUGAAUGCUCAGUUAAAGAAAAAGGAACCCAAUCUACUGAAAAAGAAAGGAGGAAUGAAGGAGCAGCCUCUGGUUUUCCACUCAAAAGUGAAGUCAUCUGGAUACACCAGUGCCCCACGGAAGAUUUUGUUCUCACCUAAAACAAACAACCAGAGGAAACCGUCCUCUAAAAAGGCUGAGACAAAUAUGGGUUCUCUUCUCAGAGAGUAUCCAGCAGACAGUGCUGCACCCACUACUCCACACACUCAUCUCAGCAUUUCAGACAAACCAGUGUACUGCCUUCAGUAUUCAGGUGAUGGAAAACAAAUCCUGUGUGGUCUUGGUGACAGCACCGUGGUUUUGUACAAGUCCUCCCUCACUGGCAAUCCAGCUGUCUACACAGGCCAUGACAAGUCAGUGAGCAGCGUCAGCUGGAGCCUCAACAGACAGUGGUGGUUAAGUGCGUCAGAAGACCAGUCUCUACGAAUAUGGGCCAAUGGCAGCUCAGACCCUGCCAUUAUCAUGGGUGACGGCUUGUUCUCCAAACCCAUAAGAGGUGCUCAAUUUUACUACCUCGACAAAUUUCUCCUUUUUGCCUCUGGACCUUCUCUGUACUUGUACCUGUAUAAUGUGGACACCACACAAGAUGACAUUAAGAGAUAUCAGCACCGGAGUUCCGUCAAACUGGCAAGCAGCUUUACGACAACGUUACCAAGAGACAUCACAGCCUUGUCUGCAGUGAAUGAUUUCUUCUCUCACAUUGUUCUGCUGUGUGGUUCAGAUCGAUCCAUUCAGGUAUUUGAUAUGAACAAGAAUACAGUUGCCUCACAGCUGCCUGAUGCCCACAGUAGAGCUGUCCACCACAUUACACAGAAUAAGGGCUCAAUGUUCAGCACACAAGCACCGGAUUCAUACAACCUCUUUCUCACGAGUGCAGUCACAGAUGGUGUGAAGAUUUGGGACCUUCGCACACUUAGAUGUGUCAGACGUUACGAGAACCACCUCAACCGCUGCCAUCCAUGCUCCUCAGCCAUCUCGCCAUGUGGCCGGUACAUUGCGUCAGGCUCCGAGGACAACUGUGCCUAUGUGUAUGACGUCCGUAGCAGCAGCUACCUCCACAAACUUCAAAAACACUCAGAUACGGUUCUCAGUGUGACGUUUAACCCUGCCACACCACAGCUGCUGACUGGGACCCUGGAUGGGAAACUGAGACUGUUUGAGUCCACUCUCUGAGAUCAACUGGCCUGCCUUCAGCACAGCUGGAACUGCAAUGAGCAGGAAGUGAGGAACUAAAAAGUGCGUGCAACUGCAAAAUGACAGGAAGCAUUUUAAGUAUCACAGUUUUUUUGUUGUUUUUUUCUUACAUGUAGUAGACAGUAUUUUCUCUGGUGACCAUGGUGUCAUUGUCCCAUUUCUUUGCCAGAGCAAUGGAGGACAAUGUUGAAAGUAGGUUGACACGCAGCCGAAAUGCACUAAGGAUGUUCAGAUAUUCACAUUUACAUUUGGAAUGAAGGCAAAAUUAUUAAACGUCUCAAGUCUUGUGCACUUUUUUUAACAGAUUCAACAUAUAUUGAUUCCCACAAAAAUCUGUGUAACACAGCAAAAAGAGAAAAAAACAUUCUGCAAUUGUCUAAAAGCCUUUGAACGGUUUCAUGUUGUAUGAGCUAAGAUAAACCACCUGAUUCCUUGGGUUAUGUAGCAUGCACACAUAAGAGAUCUUGCCAUUCAAUUCUUGGCAACAAAGUACAAGUGUACAAAACAAAAUGUCAAAUGUUGUCAUUAAUUCAUUCUGUUCUGUUGUAAAAGCGCUGAACAUUGUAUUUAAAGCUGCAGUACGCAACCUUUUUGUUGAUGCUGUUGCCUCUAUUUAGUCUUCAUGAACAGAAAUUAUGUAACAUUAUUUGUUUGUUGCUCUGUCAAGC